UCACUCGACCUCAGCUCAGUCAGCAGGAGAAAAAUGGGCGCGGUGCUUUCUACGAAGAACGCGGCGAAAAUGGGUGUGGACGACGUGGAGGUGGUGGAGUCGUGCAUGGUGGCACCCUGCCAGGAGACGCCCAGGAGAGGCAUGUGGCUCUCCCCGCUCGACCUCAUGCUGGUCAACAGAGGCCACACCCCCACCGUCUACUUCUACCCGUACCGCUCCGACCCCGGUGAUUUCUUCGACGUGGCCAGGCUCAAGGCGGCGAUGGCCAUGGCGCUCGUGGCUUUCUACCCCCUGGCCGGCCGUCUCGGCAUGGACGGCAACGGCCGGGCAGAGGUCGACUGCACCGGCCAAGGCGCGCUCUUCAUCGUCGCUCGCUCGGACCUCACCAUCGACGACUUCCGCAGCUUCUUGCCGUCGCCGGAGCUGAGGACGCUCUUUGUUCCCCGCGUCGAAGACCACUCGCCGUCCGUCUUGUGCGCUGUCCAGCUGACCUUCUUGAAGUGCGGCGGGGUGGCAUUAGGGACGGCGCUGCACCACGUCGCCGUCGACGCCAUCAGCGCGUUCCACUUCUUGCAGACGUGGUCUGCCUUCUCCAGGGACGGCGGCGCCGCGGCGCUAGAGCUCCCGUUCCACGACCGCACCCUCCUCCGCGCGCGCUCCCCACCCUUCGUCCACCCCGACGCCUUCUCGGUCUUCUGCCCCAAACUGAACCUAUCCGUCGAGCCGUCGGAGACCGUCGUCUCCAAGGACCAGGUCACCGCUCUCAAGCGUGCCUGCGUCGGUGGCGACGGCGGCCGCGUGAGCACGUUCUGCGCCCUGAGUGCCCACGUGUGGCGGUGCGUCUGCGUCGCCCGCCGGCUGCCACCGGACGCCGCCACCCGCCUCACCUUCCCGGCCAGCGUCCGGCGCAGCAUGAGGCCACCGCUCCCGCCUGGCUACUGCGGCAACGGGAUCAUCUGGCUUGGCGCGGCUGGCAAGGUGCGAGACGUCUCCUCCUCGGAGGACCUGGUGUUCGUGGCCGGCCAGAUCAGCAGCGCCGUCCGUCGGAUGGACGACGAGCUAGUGCGCUCGGCGAUAGAUGUUGGGGAACGCAGU